CUGACUAGUUGGUAUCCCCUUUGAGACGCUGUACCAAGCAGACCUCGGGUAAUGAGAUCAUGGACUUUCGAAAUAAAGAAAUUGCGGGGAAGCAGAUCUUCAGUGCCCUCCGCUCCACCCCUACACUUUAUAACAACACCGAACUCCCUGAACGCCUUGGCUAGGUCCACGAUCUGCGAGCAAAUCUGUGCUUGUAAAGCUUCAUCAUGGAUAGUUUUCUUAACCAUCCUCUAGGCCUAGUGUCCUACUUUCCCCGGGCAAUCCAGUUCAUCAGCUCCGUGAUCGUCCUAGGAAUCACUGCUUGGGCUGUGCAGGAGACGAAAAAUCUUACGGUCAUCUAUAGUUUGGUUAUUUCUGUCGUUACCCUCGUUGUCACCUCCGCGGCGCUUCUUUUCAGCUGUAUGAUCAAGCGCCAGAGAUGGCACAUCUGGCCAAUACUGAUAACUGAUGGGGUGAUGUCCUACUUAUGGCUCGUUGCCUUUGUAUUCUUGGCGCAGAAUUUCAACGCUAUGAACUGCCGUGUCAUUCUGUGGAAUGGGUUGACGGCUUGCAGCCGAAAAUAUGCCGCCGAGGCAUUCAGCUUCAUCGCAUUUUUCUGUGCUCUGGUGGCCCUCGGUCUCGAGAUAGGAUACAUCUACUGGGCAAGGCCAAAGAUCUCGGCCCCGAUGCAGGAACGGGGGCGCGAGGAUCAGUUGGGCCAGAACCUGGCGAAUGCCGGGGUGAUGUAGUUUAGUACUAGGACGGUAGUGAGUGCGGUGCCUGUCUCGGGAUUGCUCGGUUCUGGUUAUACGGGCCGUUUGAGUCUAUGAUGUCAGUUUCCGGAUG